CUAGGAAGAAAUGUUGGCUAUUUGGCGAUGAGAGGUGGUGAACAGUGACCAUACUGGUAUACAACACUAUGGGACCUGGCAUUUUUGCUGCAUGUCCAGCCCACCCCCACUAAUAAUGUAGGAAGCCAUCUGAUCCAUUGGAAACACUAAUCUGAUCUUGGAAGUGGCUGAUCGUGGCAGGAUGUGCCGACGAUGAUGAUGGCAAGAAAGCAAGAUGUCCGAAUUCCCACCUACAACAUCAGUGUGGUGGGAUUAUCUGGGACCGAGAAGGAAAAGGGCCAGUGUGGGAUUGGAAAGUCUUGUUUGUGCAACCGCUUCGUGCGCCCGAGUGCUGACGAGUUUCACUUGGACCAUACCUCCGUCCUCAGCACCAGUGACUUUGGAGGGCGAGUGGUCAAUAAUGACCACUUUCUCUACUGGGGAGAAGUUAGCCGCUCCCUGGAGGAUUGUGUGGAAUGUAAAAUGCACAUUGUGGAGCAGACUGAAUUUAUUGAUGAUCAGACUUUUCAACCUCAUCGAAGCACGGCCCUGCAGCCCUAUAUCAAGAGAGCUGCUGCAACCAAGCUUGCAUCAGCUGAAAAACUCAUGUACUUUUGCACUGACCAGCUGGGGCUGGAGCAGGACUUUGAGCAGAAACAAAUGCCAGAUGGAAAGCUGCUGGUUGAUGGUUUUCUUCUUGGUAUCGAUGUUAGCAGGGGCAUGAACAGGAACUUUGAUGACCAGCUCAAGUUUGUCUCUAAUCUCUACAAUCAGCUUGCAAAAACAAAAAAGCCCAUAGUGGUGGUCCUGACUAAGUGUGACGAAGGUGUUGAGCGGUACAUUAGAGAUGCACAUACUUUUGCCUUAAGCAAAAAGAACCUCCAGGUUGUGGAGACCUCAGCGAGAUCCAAUGUAAACGUGGACUUGGCUUUCAGCACCUUAGUGCAACUCAUUGAUAAAAGUCGGGGAAAGACAAAAAUCAUUCCUUAUUUUGAAGCUCUCAAGCAGCAGAGUCAGCAGAUAGCUACAGCGAAAGACAAGUACGAGUGGCUGGUGAGUCGCAUUGUGAAAAACCACAAUGAGAACUGGCUGAGUGUCAGCCGAAAGAUGCAGGCAUCUCCAGAAUACCAGGACUAUGUCUACCUGGAAGGGACUCAGAAAGCCAAGAAGCUGUUUCUACAGCACAUCCACCGCCUCAAGCAUGAGCAUAUCGAGCGUAGGAGAAAGCUGUACCUGGCAGCCCUGCCAUUAGCUUUUGAAGCUCUUAUACCUAAUCUAGAUGAAAUAGACCACCUAAGCUGCAUAAAAGCCAAAAAGCUCUUAGAAACCAAGUCAGAAUUCUUGAAGUGGUUUGUUGUGCUUGAAGAGACACCAUGGGAUGCCACCAACCACAUUGACAACAUGGAAAAUGAACGGAUUCCCUUUGAUUUAAUGGAUACUGUCCCUGCAGAGCAGCUGUACGAGGCCCACUUAGAGAAGCUGAGGAAUGAGAGGAAAAGAGUUGAGAUGCGAAGGGCGUUUAAAGAAAACCUGGAGACCUCUCCUUUCAUAACUCCCGGAAAGCCUUGGGAAGAGGCCCGUAGUUUUAUUAUGAAUGAAGAUUUCUACCAGUGGCUGGAAGAAUCUGUAUACAUGGAUAUUUACGGCAAACACCAAAAGCAAAUUAUAGAUAAAGCAAAGGAAGAAUUUCAGGAGUUGCUUUUAGAAUAUUCAGAAUUGUUUUAUGAACUGGAGCUGGAUGCUAAGCCCAGCAAGGAGAAGAUGGGUGUUAUUCAGGAUGUUCUGGGAGAGGAACAGCGAUUUAAAGCAUUACAAAAGCUCCAAGCAGAGCGUGAUGCCCUUAUUCUGAAACACAUUCAUUUUGUGUACCACCCAACAAAGGAGACAUGCCCCAGCUGCCCAGCUUGUGUGGACGCUAAGAUUGAGCACUUGAUUAGUUCUCGGUUUAUCCGGCCGUCUGACCGGAAUCAGAAAAAUUCACUCUCUGACCCUAACAUUGAUAGAAUCAACUUGGUUAUAUUGGGCAAAGACGGCCUUGCCCGAGAGUUGGCCAAUGAGAUUCGAGCUCUUUGUACAAAUGAUGACAAGUAUGUGAUAGAUGGUAAAAUGUAUGAGCUUUCCCUGAGGCCAAUAGAGGGGAAUGUCAGGCUUCCUGUGAACUCUUUCCAGACACCAACAUUUCAGCCCCACGGCUGUCUUUGCCUUUACAAUUCAAAGGAAUCGCUAUCCUAUGUAGUGGAAAGUAUAGAGAAGAGUAGAGAGUCCACGCUUGGCCGGCGGGAUAAUCAUUUAGUCCAUCUCCCCCUUACAUUAAUUUUGGUUAACAAGAGAGGAGACACCAGUGGAGAGACUCUGCAUAGCUUAAUACAGCAAGGUCAGCAAAUUGCUAGCAAACUUCAGUGUGUCUUUCUCGACCCUGCUUCUGCUGGCAUUGGUUACGGACGCAACAUUAAUGAAAAGCAAAUCAGUCAAGUUUUGAAGGGACUCCUGGACUCUAAGCGUAACUUAAACCUGGUCAGUUCUACUGCUAGCAUCAAAGAUUUGGCUGAUGUUGAUCUGCGAAUUGUUAUGUGUCUGAUGUGUGGAGAUCCUUUUAGUGCAGAUGACAUACUUUUUCCUGUCCUUCAGUCCCAAACCUGUAAAUCUUCCCAUUGUGGAAGCAACAACUCUGUUUUACUUGAACUACCAAUCGGACUGCACAAGAAGCGGAUUGAACUGUCCAUUCUUUCAUACCAUUCCUCCUUUAGCAUCAGAAAGAGCCGGUUGGUUCAUGGGUACAUUGUUUUUUAUUCAGCCAAACGUAAGGCCUCUUUGGCUAUGUUACGUGCCUUUCUUUGUGAAGUGCAGGAUAUUAUCCCUAUUCAGCUCGUAGCACUCACUGAUGGCGCUGUAGAUGUCCUGGACAAUGACUUAAGUCGGGAACAGCUGACUGAGGGGGAGGAGAUUGCUCAAGAAAUUGAUGGAAGGUUCACAAGCAUCCCCUGUAGCCAACCCCAGCAUAAACUUGAGAUCUUUCACCCGUUUUUUAAAGAUGUGGUGGAAAAAAAGAACAUAAUCGAGGCUACUCAUAUGUACGAUAAUGCUGCCGAGGCCUGUAGCACCACCGAAGAGGUGUUUAACUCCCCCCGGGCAGGAUCACCGCUCUGCAACUCAAACCUGCAGGAUUCAGAAGAAGAUAUCGAGCCAUCUUACAGCCUGUUUCGAGAAGACACAUCACUGCCUUCUCUGUCCAAAGACCAUUCUAAACUCUCUAUGGAACUGGAGGGAAAUGAUGGGCUGUCUUUCAUUAUGAGCAAUUUUGAGAGUAAACUGAACAACAAAGUACCUCCACCAGUCAAACCAAAGCCUCCUGUCCAUUUUGAAAUUACAAAGGGGGAUUUAUCUUAUUUAGACCAAGGCCAUAGGGAUGGACAGAGGAAGUCUGUGUCUUCUAGCCCCUGGCUGCCUCAGGAUGGGUUUGAUCCUUCUGACUAUGCUGAACCCAUGGAUGCUGUGGUGAAGCCAAGGAAUGAAGAAGAAAACAUAUACUCCGUGCCCCAUGACAGCACCCAAGGCAAAAUCAUCACCAUUCGGAAUAUCAACAAAGCCCAGUCCAACGGCAGCGGGAAUGGUUCUGACAGUGAAAUGGACACCAGCUCUCUAGAGCGAGGGCGCAAGGUUUCCAUCGUGAGCAAGCCAGUGCUGUACAGGACGAGAUGCACCCGGCUGGGGCGAUUUGCUAGUUACCGAACCAGCUUCAGCGUGGGGAGUGAUGAUGAGCUGGGGCCCAUCCGGAAGAAAGAGGAGGAUCAGGCAUCCCAGGGUUAUAAAGGGGACAAUGCCGUCAUUCCAUACGAAACAGACGAAGACCCACGGAGGAGGAAUAUUCUUCGCAGCCUAAGGAGGAACACUAAGAAACCAAAGCCCAAACCCCGGCCAUCCAUCACAAAGGCAACCUGGGAGAGUAACUAUUUUGGGGUGCCUUUAACAACUGUCGUGACUCCAGAGAAGCCGAUCCCCAUUUUUAUUGAAAGAUGUAUUGAGUACAUUGAAGCCACAGGACUGAGCACGGAAGGCAUCUACCGGGUCAGCGGGAACAAGUCAGAGAUGGAGAGUCUGCAGAGACAGUUUGAUCAAGACCAUAACCUGGACCUGGCAGAGAAAGACUUUACGGUGAAUACCGUGGCCGGUGCCAUGAAGAGCUUUUUCUCAGAACUGCCUGACCCCCUGGUCCCGUACAACAUGCAGAUCGACUUGGUGGAGGCACACAAAAUCAACGACCGGGAGCAGAAGUUGCAUGCCCUUAAGGAGGUAUUAAAGAAAUUUCCAAAGGAAAACCACGAAGUCUUCAAGUAUGUCAUCUCUCACUUAAACAAGGUCAGCCACAACAACAAGGUGAAUCUCAUGACCAGCGAGAACCUCUCCAUCUGCUUCUGGCCCACCUUGAUGAGACCUGAUUUCAGCACCAUGGACGCCCUCACAGCCACGCGCACCUACCAGACAAUCAUUGAACUCUUCAUUCAGCAGUGCCCCUUCUUCUUCUACAAUCGGCCCAUCACCGAGCCCCCUGGUGCCAGGCCCAGCUCCCCCUCCGCCGUGGCUUCCACCGUCCCCUUCCUCACUUCCACGCCUGUCACAAGUCAGCCGUCGCCCCCACAGUCGCCUCCUCCCACCCCCCAGUCCCCAAUGCAGCCACUGCUUCCCUCCCAGCUUCAAGCCGAACACACGCUGUGACCCACCAAGACCUGGGGCGACAGGAGAACCGGUCCUCUCUCUGACGGGGUGGCAUUUGGCCUUGAACAAAACCAAGUCCACUGGGGGCAGAGGCAGGGGCAAGUGGCCCUCUUCAUCAUGUUCUCAAGACCUCAGUGGGAGCACCAGCCAAUGGUACCAUCCGCCAGGCUGCCAGGUGCCCUGGGCCCGGCACUGCAGACCUGAGCUGGCUGCA